AAUAACUUCAGCUGGAGAGAAUGAUGUAGUUGGUGGAUCAACUGAAAGUCAUUCUGAACAAGAAAAAAAUGGGAUUCAGGAGAAAAUUUCCAAACCACUUCAGAGGGCUGAUAAAGGUCAUGGAGGGACUUUGAAAUCAGAUAAAGAAGAGUUUGGAGAUGAUGAUGAUGAUGAAGAUGCUUCAGAGGAUAUGAAUGAUCCAUUUAAGAAACAUUUUGAGUUGAAUAUUUCAAGUGAAAUUGCUGAAGAAGUUCAGAAGUCAGACAAUUGGACUCACAGCUUUGAAGAAUGGUCUUCACUGAAAAGAGUAAAAAUAGAUAUUCCAAAAGUUGAAAUAAAGCAGCCAAAGUUACUGUUACUUGCUAAUGAGGAAUCUGAGACUGAGUUACCGAAUAUUGCUGCUGCACCCAAACCUCCCCACAAAAGGAAUUAUAGCCUUGAUGAUUAUCAUGUAUUAAAACCUAUGAAAGACAACUUUCUCCUAGUUGCUGAUACAUCAGCCAGCUGUUCUUCUGGUCUCACUAACUUUCAGAAAGAAUUAUUUACAAUUAUGUCCAAUUACUCAGACCUUUAUUUCCCACAAGCAAGUUAUGAGAAAUUUGAAGAAAUUAAGGCUGUAUAUGCUAUGCAUGCCUUGAAUCAUGUCCUAAAGACAAGGAAAAGAGUGUUGAGGCACAAUUCUAAAUUAAAGAAAAGUUUAACUAAGAAAAAGAGGAAAAAGGAGCCUGAUCACUGCUUUCGUGACCAAGGCUAUACAAGACCAAAGGUGCUGAUUAUUCUUCCUUUCAAGCAUUCUGCAUACAGAUUAGUUGAGAUAAUGAGUUUAUUACUGCAAGAUAAAAACUUUGAAAUUCUUAAGCAAAGUCGGUUUCGGGAAGAUUUUGGCCCAGGACAAAAUCAGGACCCUCCAAAGAAUCUUAAUAGAGCAGAAGACUUCCAUGAGGUUUUCAAAGGAAACACCAAAGAAGAUUUUAAAAUUGGACUAAAGAUUACUAAACGCACGCUAAAGUUGUACUCAGAUUUCUAUCAGUCUGACAUCAUUAUUUCAUCUCCACUUGGCUUGCGAUGUUUGAUGGGGAACUUCCAGCUUAGUUCUGCAGAAACAGAUUUUCUAACCUCUAUUGAGGUGUUGAUAAUAGAUCAGGCUGAUGUGUUGAUGAUGCAAAAUUGGGAGCACUUGCUAGUGUUAAUGGAAGUUUUGAACAAACCUCCUCAUGAUAUACAUAAACUUGACACGGACCUCACAAGAAUUCGAAUGUGGACACUUGAAGGUCAUUCUUCUGUAUAUAGGCAGACAAUGCUCUUUUCUGCAACAAACAUUGACCAUGGUAGAGCCUUAAUCAACAAGUGCAAAAACUUUACUGGAAGGGUGCAGGUCCUAAAUCAUGUACAGGAUGGAUCUGUCCAAGAAGUUGUUGUUCCAGCAGAACUGGUGAUGAUUCGAGUUGCAGGAAUGAGAGAUCCAGAUAGCCGAUUCAAUUAUUUUGUGAAGGAAGUACUACCACAAUAUCAGGCAAAUCGUCGUAUAGGAAUAUUAGUUUAUAUUCCUGAUUAUUGUGAUUAUGUGCGGCUUGUCAAGUAUUUGAAAGAGGAUGGUGGUGUUAGUUUUUCGAGCAUAAAUGAAUAUAUGACAGGGGAAAUGUACAAAGUUGCCAAAGUACGCAGCCUGUUCUUUGAUGCAAAACGACAGUUUCUUUUAUAUACUGAAAGAUUCCACUUUUAUAGACGUUAUUGCAUAAAAGGUGUAAGGCAUGUGAUAUUUUAUGAUUUGCCAACAUAUCCACACUUCUUUUCUGAAAUCUGCAAUCUGAUGGUGGAUGGCAACCAAAAUCGUCGUACUCAAAAGAAGCAUGUAGGAAAUAACACAGUUUGUGCACUGUACCAGCAGUCUGAUAUCACCAAAGUUGUUGGAGUUUUGGGUUCACAGAGAGCAGGAGAAAUUAUCAAGGCCCAGAAAUCCCUACACAUUUGUGCAAUUGGAAGUUAAGAUUUUAUAUGAUGGGCAAUAAAUUUCACUUGUUUUACCAUAAAUUCAUUACAUAACAUAACCUACGUAUUUAUACCCGGAGCAUAUAUCUCCAGACUCGUUUCACUUUAGCAGGAAAAUGAUAAGAUAACACUGGUGGGUUGGUGCAUAUUUAAGCAAUCUUUUUUUUUCUUCAGUAUUUAACUAAAUGACUGUGUGUAUGUUGACUAGUUAGCAAAAUGAGGAGAUUCCCAGAUUUUGUUACCUUUGAAGAUAACUUUAUGUACCUUUGAAUAUUACUGUAUUUUUGUUUCAGUUUUCAAUUUUUUCUUGUCAUUUUACUUCUUUAUGGGCAAUAACAUUUGAUGCAGAUGAAAAUUAACUUCCAUGUACAGUGGAACCUCGGUUUUGGUACAUAAUUUGUUCCAGAACCUUCCAUGAAAACUGAAACAGUAAUUCCCACAAGGAAUAAUGUAAAUACAAUUAAUGCAUUCCAGACCCCAAAAAUAUUAACAUAAAACACAUUUUAUAGGGAAUAAACAUAGUAUUACAUACAGAAAACUGUGAGAAAUAAAUAUAAAUGAUUAAUGAAAAGAAUAAAUUAACAUUUAACAUCACUUAACUUUAUGGAAAACACUUGGUAGCCUAUGGAAGACGGAGAGAAGGGGAGAGGGAGGAGGAGAGGUUAAUGUUUUCAAGGGAAAUCUCCCUCCAGAUGGACUUCAGGUAUCAAGGACCUAUCUGGGGUUACUUCUCUUCAUUUUUUACCGGCACUAUCUGAGGUUACUUCCCCCACAUAGUUUUUCACUGGCACUAGGACCAGCAUGACAGUUACUGGACCCUUGUUGCACAGCAAAACUGUCCAGAAACAUUUGUUUCUGUUAUUUCUUCAAAAUUUGCUUAAAGUUAAAGCAUUGUCAUUAAAGAGGUUGGCAACACAGAAUACAACUUCUUUGUUGGGAUGAUAAUUCUCCACAAAAUUUUUUACAACAUUCCACUUUGGAAACUUGUCCUUAAUCCCUGAAAUAGAAUGUAUGUCCAUUUGUUUUCUGAAUUGCUCAAAGCAGACUCUGCUGGCCUUAAAUUUACUAACAGCAGUGCUUGUUGUAGGCAUUUUCUCACUGAGAUCAGCAUGCAACUUCCUCCAACACUUUGUUAUGAGUUCUUUCCUAAAUUCUUGUAGGUAAACUCACCUUGCAAGCUCCCUCAGACUAUUACUGGAUGACUUUCAAGAUCCAACUCACCAACCAAAGAGGAAAGUAAAGGGAAAGAGGGAAAGUCCCUUGCCACAAACUCGCAACCACCGAGCCCCGGGCCACAACACCUUACCUCCAGAACAACUGACUGACAACUGCCCAGGUGUAGACAAUCCCACUCACACGUAACUGCGGCAGUGUUUUCCCAAAAAUUCCUAAAUUACAUUAAUCACGGAACACGCCCACAUGAUCUCCAGAUCAAAACACACACACACACACACACACACACACACACACACACACACACACA